UAUAUAUAUAUACGCACACCGGUACCAGAAACGCGGUAUACAAUAGCGCUGUUCUGGCAUUUUGUGUUUUUUUUUAAAAUUUUUUUUUAUGUUUUGGUUUUUACAUUUUCAAUGACACGUUCAUUAUUGUGUGCCGUACGAACCGAACAUAAUAUUAUCACCGUGUCUACGCGCACGCCACGAGAACUGCCAAGCGCCAUAUAAAUUUCCAAUUAACCGCGUCGUUGUUUGUGCUCCGGCCGCCGAAGCGAAAAAGACUUAUCCGCCGCCGCCCCCCGCGUGUAUACGAGAGUAGACGAUAGCUGGCGUACCUCCGUAGCUGUUCCGUUUCGCGAGAUAUAUCGUCGCCGCCGUUCAUCGUAUAGGUAAUUUACAAUAUUUUAAUAGUGUAUAGUGCCGUCGUCGAGUCGGAAAACGCAGCGACGCCCGUCAACAUGAGGGGAAAGUGGAUUUUCGUCCUUUUGUGCUUGUCCUUUUUCGGAGAACUAGUGCUCGGCAGUAUUUUUCCUCCAAUUCCUCCUCCGACCAUUCCACCUCCAUCAACGCAAGACAUCGUGCCUCAACAACAAGAAGUCAAUUGGCCAAUAAACACUAUAGCUACACCAGAAGUGAUGAUCGUCGGAGAAACCACGCUUAAUACCAGAGGUCUCCAUGCGGAACAAAUUCAACAAACUGGAGAUCGGCCGUUGGAAACCAGUCUAAAAGCCGAAGAAAUAUUACCAAAAACUAUUGUUAUUGGAACUGAACAAAAAACAGUCAGUGAAAUUGUAACAAAAAAUAAUGAGGAAAUGGAAACUAAAAAUCUUCGACCAACAAUUGAUAACAAUUGAUCAGAAUUAAUAUAAACAUAAUACGUUUUUCAAUGAUUUUCCAUAUUUCACCUACAUAUCCUGAGAUAUCAUUAAUCUUACCGUCACUCGUCAUUAACAACAAAUAUGGUGGCAUCUAAGUAUCAAACAUACCAACAUUUUAUUACAGUUCAGAAAAUAUAAGGUAUUUUCUAAAGUUUAGAAAUGUUUAAUUUCAUCAACAAUUUAAAAAUGUGUUAAAUACAACUUUAAGCUGCUUAUAUGUAGUUUAAUAUAUAUUUAAUUAAUUAUUAAAAACUAUUUAAUCUGUACCUA